UCCCUUCUUUUCCUCCGGCCGCGCGCCCCCUCCUUCCUCCUCCAUCCUUCCCCCACCCGGUUUGUGGGCCCCUCCCGCUGCGACUGGCUGGGAGGCUCGGCCGCCCCCGCCCCGAGAGGGAGGCGGGGGCGCAAGCCACGGCUGCCACCCGAGGCUGCGGAGGGGAACGAGAUCCGAGGCCCCGAGGCGGCCCUGCAUCUGGACCAGGCACGCGGGGCUGCCUGUGCACCCCCAUCCGAGGGCCGCGGGGCCUGGCCUCGCGGCGGGGUGGAGGAGUGCCUGGUACGGGCCUUGUGUUUGACAUCUUUUUGCUGGGUGGAUAAAAUAGAAUGAAGCAGACAAGUCGUAAGCCUUGGAGCUCUGCUAGAGCAACAAUGUCGUGAAGACAGCAAGUUCUUACCUCCCAGUGGGCGAGGAGCAGAGCCAGGGAAGCACUUGUUACUUGAGGAUGCCGCCCAACCAACUGAACCACACCGGUCUGGGCUUUCUAAGAUAGUAUUGACAAAAAUCAGCAAUUGAUGAGAUCUGAGGGGGACUUUAAGAAUUCAGAGAUGCCUUGGGAGUUCCCUCCAGAGUGCUGAGUAGAUAAUGAAGAUGUUGGUCAAGAUGGGAAACCUGAGAAAGAAAUAGGUUCGAUGCUUCCUGGCCCCUGGCCGCGGGUCCCUGAGCCUUCCUGAUCCCACAGGGGGGCUCGUCCGCGGCCCCCCAUGAGUGCACCCGGUUGACCGGCGGGGCGGCCGCGGUGGAGCCCGGACGCCCCGGGGGCGGCGGGGCCAUGGCCUCGCUGGACCUGCCGUACCGCUGCCCCCGCUGCGGGGAGCACAAGCGCUUUCGGAGCCUGUCGUCGCUGCGCGCGCACCUGGAGUACAGCCACACGUACGAGACACUCUACAUCCUCUCCAAGACCAACAGUAUCUGCGACGGGGCGGCCGCGGCGGCCGCGGCAGCCGCGGCUUCUGGCUUCCCGCUGGCGCCCGAGCCUGCCGCCCUGCUGGCGGUGCCCGGCGCCCGGCGCGAGGUCUUCGAGAGCACGUCCUUCCAGGGCAAGGAGCAGGCGGCCGGGCCGUCGGCCGCCACGCCCCACCUGCUGCACCAUCACCACCACCACGCGCCCCUCGCCCACUUCCCCGGGGACCUGGUGCCCGCCAGCCUGCCCUGCGAGGAGCUGACGGAGCCGGGCCUCGUGCCCGCCGCCGCCGCGCGCUAUGCCCUGCGCGAGAUUGAGAUCCCUCUGGGGGAGCUGUUUGCCCGCAAGUCGGUGGCCUCCUCCGCGUGCUCCACACCGCCACCCGGCCCGGGACCCAGCCCUUGCACUGGGCCCACCUCUGCCUCGCCCGCUUCCCCCUCGCCUGCCGAUGUGGCUUAUGAGGAAGGCCUGGCUCGCCUCAAGAUCCGUGCGCUGGAGAAGCUGGAGGUGGACCGGCGACUGGAGAGACUGAGCGAGGAAGUGGAGCAGAAGAUCGCAGGCCAGGUGGGCCGGCUGCAGGCCGAGCUGGAGCGCAAGGCUGCAGAGCUGGAGACUGCAAGGCAGGAGAGCGCCCGGCUGGGGCGCGAGAAGGAGGAGCUGGAGGAGCGUGCUUCUGAGCUCUCGCGCCAAGUGGACGUGAGUGUGGAACUGCUGGCCUCUCUCAAGCAGGACCUGGUGCACAAGGAACAGGAGCUGAGCCGCAAGCAGCAGGAGGUGGUGCAGAUCGACCAGUUUCUGAAGGAGACGGCGGCACGGGAGGCCAGCGCCAAGCUGCGGCUGCAGCAGUUCAUCGAGGAGCUCCUGGAGCGGGCGGACCGCGCCGAGCGGCAGCUGCAGGUCAUCAGCAGCAGCUGCGGCAGCACACCAAGUGCCAGCCUGGGCCGUGGAGCUGGGGGAAGCAACGCUGGGCCUGCGCCCCGGGGCCCAGGCCGAAUGCGAGAGCACCACGUGGGCCUGGCCAUGCCUAGCACAUACGCAGUGUCCCGGCAUGGCUCUUCUCCCAGCACAGGGGCCUCCAGCCGUGUUCCAGCUGCAUCCCAGAGCUCAGGAUGCUAUGACAGUGACAGUCUGGAGUUGCCCCGACCAGAAGAGGGGGCACCUGAAGACAGUGGGCCUGGGGGCUUGGGCACAAGGACGCAGAAUGCCAAUGGUGGCUCAGAGCGGGCUCAGGCCCCUCGAAGCUCAGGCCUGCGGCGCCAGGCCAUUCAAAACUGGCAGCGCAGACCCCGCCGACACAGCACGGAGGGGGAGGAGGGGGACGUUUCUGAUGUGGGCUCCCGAACCACCGAGUCAGAGGCUGAGGGCCCCUCAGACGUCCCCCACCCUGGGCCUGCUAUGGCUGGGCCAUUGAGCAGCUGCCGGCUCUCAGCCCGCUCUGAGGGAGGCAGUGGGCGGGGUCGGCGAGCCGAGAGGGGCAGCCCCUCACGCUCCAACGAGGUCAUCAGCCCAGAGAUCCUCAAGAUGCGAGCCGCUCUGUUCUGCAUCUUCACCUACUUGGACACACGCACGCUCCUGCAUGCUGCCGAGGUCUGCCGGGACUGGCGCUUUGUGGCCCGCCACCCCGCCGUCUGGACGCGGGUGCUGCUCGAGAAUGCCCGAGUCUGUUCCAAGUUCCUGGCAAUGCUGGCUCAGUGGUGCACGCAGGCCCACUCGCUAACACUGCAGAACCUGAAGCCUCGGCAGCGCGGGAAGAAGGAGAGCAAGGAGGAGUAUGCCCGGAACACCCGCGGCUGCCUGGAAGCAGGGCUGGAGUCCCUGCUGAAGGCUGCAGGGGGCAACCUGCUGAUCCUGCGCAUCUCUCACUGUCCCAACAUCCUCACCGACCGUUCACUCUGGCUGGCUAGCUGCUACUGCCGUGCCCUGCAGGCUGUCACCUACAGGAGCGCCACAGAUCCCGUUGGCCAUGAGGUCAUUUGGGCCCUGGGCGCGGGCUGCAGAGAGAUUGUCUCCCUCCAGGUGGCGCCACUUCACCCCUGCCAGCAGCCCACGCGCUUCAGUAACCGCUGCCUGCAGAUGAUCGGUCGCUGUUGGCCCCACCUCAGGGCCCUGGGGGUUGGGGGCGCCGGCUGUGGGGUGCAGGGCCUGGCAUCACUUGCAAGAAACUGCAUGCGGCUGCAGGUCCUGGAGCUGGACCAUGUGUCGGAGAUCACCCAAGAGGUGGCGGCUGAGGUCUGCCGGGAAGGCCUGAAAGGACUGGAGAUGCUGGUGCUCACGGCCACCCCUGUCACCCCCAAGGCCCUGCUGCAUUUCAACAGCAUUUGUCGGAACCUCAAAUCCAUUGUGGUCCAGAUUGGGAUUGCUGAUUAUUUCAAAGAGCCCAGCAGUCCUGAGGCCCAGAAACUGUUUGAAGACAUGGUGACCAAACUUCAGGCCCUGCGACGGAGACCCGGCUUCUCUAAGAUCCUGCACAUCAAGGUGGAAGGCGGCUGCUAACCCGGGUGAGGGGCGGCAGGGCCCCUGCCAGCCCCACACCAGGGCACUCUCUUUGGACCUCCAGAGGGACCCUGCUUUGAACUAGACCUUCGGAGGCCUGGUGUUAUCUCUGGCCUCCAGGGAAGGGUUGACAGUUUCCUGUCCUCCUCCUGGGACAGCAAAGCGACAGGCCUGACCCUGGGCACUGCCUCCCCAGGAUAGGGGCUUGGACAGAAGCAGCCCCCAGGCCCUCACCCAGUCCCCGGCUGGAGCAGCCUUCAGGGCACAGCCAGCAAGAAGCUGAGUGCCACCAGCACCUGGUGUCUUCGCCCCAAGGAUCUGCAAUAACCACGCAGUGGCUCCUUGGCUGCUCAGGCUGCUCCGGCAGACCUGUUGUUGAGGCCCAGCCUCUGGUCCAAGUUCUCUGCUGGGCCCCAGGCCAGAGAGGGCUCCUCUAGGCAGCUCAGACUUGGUAAGGAGGGCUCUUCUCCCCUCCCUGGUCCAUCUCAGCCCUCUGUGGGGUGCCCCCUCAGACAGCCCACCUAGGCUUUGAGUCUAUGUUCUCUGAGGACAACACACAGGCCUAGGGGUCUGGGCAAGUGGUCAGCCAAAGGUGGGGGGCGGGAGUGCACUGAGGGAGUGGGCUUGGAAAGGCAAAACAUUCACCCAGACCUUCUCCCCAGGACCUGAGACCGUCCCUCCCAAAGGGGGAAAUUGCCAGGAAGAAAAAAUAACGUUUUUACUGAUACAGACAAGACCCCUCCUCCCAACAACCACGUACCCCACGACACACCCAAGCAGAAGUCUGAGCUAAAAGGUGCAUGUUUCCAUACCUGCCAGCAAUCCCAAGCCUCUAGAGGGGCCCUGGGAAACCCUGUCACCCGUGAGAAGCAGUUCCUGUCCUCAAGGAAUGUCCUUCUAAUCCAGGUGCUUGGACAGGACUUUGAUGGCCUGUGGGUCCCCAAGGCUGUGCGGGAGGGAGUCACUGGGCUGACCUCUGUGCUGGGGCCUGGGGGAGGCCGAGGGGUGGUCCAGUUAAAUUCCGUGUCUGGCUGGCAUGCUGAAAGGUGUGGCCCUGGCAGGCAGCUAGACCUGUGUGGCCAGGGAUGAGUGAGAACGCCCUCGUUGGACCUGGCCACCUCCUCGGUCUCAGCUGGUCCUAUGGGUUGAGGGCUCUGUUGGGAGUUUUCUGCCUGGGGACAGUCCUGGGGCCCGAGCCAGAGCCUCUUGGCUUCAAAGCCACCAUGCACUGGGGGUUUUCACCGACCCAACCCGACAUUGUCCCUACAGUAGGACCGGGUCGCAGCACUAAGGCUCUAGACUCAGGUCUCCCAGCUCCUCCUCAGAACUCCCACAGUGGCUCCAAGGCUGUGGGUCUUGCCAGCCUUCAUUUUGAAAGUUCUUUCACACAUUCAGCUAGAUUGAUCUAAGAGUUUCCCUCUCUCCUGCUCAGGACUGGCUUUCAGCCCUAACUGUUAGGCAGCUGGUCCUGGCUGAGACUGGGUUCUUCCAGUUUCUCAGCUUCCCAGGGACCCCACUUUCUGCCACAACCUGGCUUGGACAUAAAGACCCAGCCCUGGGUUACCCGGCAGUGAGGCCACCAGAGGGGGCCCCAGACUCAGCCAUGCACCCAGCUUCCAGGGCUCCCCACCCAGCUCUUCCGCGCUGCUUCCUGCAGAUGACUUCCUCCCAUGGGUUGUUCUGGCCCUGCCCUUUGAAGACCCCAAACAUAUUGGCAACUCCUCAUCCUGUCCUGCACGAAGCCUUGGCUUUGCAGCAUCCCCACCCCAGAGGUGCUGGCUCUACGGACUCCCAGCUCCCCAACCCUGUCCACAGGAAUCAUGGGAAGAAGCACAACUUUGCUGGCCUACAAGGGAGGUGGAGGUCCACUUAGGGUCUGGCUGCCCUGGCUGCAUCAGCCCUGCCUUCCAGCUGCACCCUCUAUAGGCCCUGCUCCCCAUAACCCCAGGACCAGAGGUGCUGCCCUCCUUGUCUCUCGGACAAAGCACAAAGGGAUGCCCUGCUUGGUCGGAGUCUGACCUAGGAAGCCUCCACCCCAGAAUACAGACUCUUGGCAAUUUCUCCAUGGGCGGGUGCCCACCAGGAUGGCCAGCAUCAGCCCUGGGAAAGGAAGUCAAAGUGCAUGGGCAGUGAGCUGAAGUGGGAGAAAGGGGCUGCCGGGAGGGCUGGUGCCAGCAGUAGGCUCGUUCGUGGUUUGUUUGUGACAGCGCUGCACGCUGCCAGCACUGUGGGCAGCAGAGGGAAUAAGGCCCCCUCUCAUCUCUUGCAGGGGAGAGUUUGCUUCUUAUGGGUUUGGGUGUUUCCAGAAAACCCAUUGAGUCCCCUGCCCUGUAUUUCCCAGCCAAGUGGAGGAUGCGUGGGAGUCUAAGUUGCACACACCUGGGCCCCUGCCAACAGGAACGUAGGGUAUAGCAUGUCCCAUCGCACACCUGCCCCUGGGGCUGGCAGACUCAUGCGGCCCAGACUUCUUGCCUGCCCAAGACCUGGCAGGUUUGCAGACCCCCUACUCCUGCCAAGUCCAUUCGUCCACCUGGGCAACCACACAGCCAGGGCUGAUGGGGAAUGGGGAUGGAGGGUCCAGCCCUCCUUCACUCACCCAUAUUCUCACAACAGAGAUGCAAAGAACGGGUUUAGAGGUCAAGGCAGGCCCUGCUUCAGGGGGCUCAGGCAUGUACAGAAGGUGCACGGGUGGUGGCCACUUGGUGUCCCUACCACUUCCCUGCCACACUGCUUGACCCCAGCCCCUGGCGGGGUUAGCAUACUUGGCUUGAGAGUUUCAUCGUGCUUUGUCCAGCUGGCUCAGCAGUGGCAGAGAACAAAGGCAAUGCUGUCAGUGUCUGAAUGCCAGAGGGAGUGAGCUGCCCAGGACCAGUGCUUUUCACUGGUCAGAAGAGAUCACCGAAGGACCAAAGCAGCUCUUGUUUUCCUAGUUCCACAAGUGGAGUUUGAGCCAGCCCCUUGGGAACUGCUUCAGAGAAAAAAAUCCAUCUCCUUGCUAAGGCCUGCUGCUCCAAGGUUUGGCUCUGUCCUUUGCUUUUGGGUCCUGCCUGCCCACCUGGUCCCAUCUCUAGUCCUUUGGGCCAUAAGAAGGGAGCUACCCAGGUUCCAGUCCUUCUAAGGCGCUAAAUUGAAGACCUUAACAGAUGACUAUUGGUGCCAAAGACCCAGUUCCUGCUCCACUUGGGCUAACAGGAGAGAGGGUGGAUGGGUGCAGGGCCCAAGCGCCCCGAGUUG